GGCUGCGGAGCCGACUCCGAUUAUUUCCUCCCCUUUCCCCUCAGCGCCGCCGGUCACCGCCGCCACCCUCACCGCCCGCGACAUGCCCGCCGGCCGGAAGCGCCCAGCUCCAUCCCCGUUCGCCGGCUUCUCCCCCUUCGCCCGCUCCCUCCUCUUCUCCCCCGCCUCCGGCUUCUCCAGGCUGCCGCUCACCAAACCCCAUCAAGAGACCGCCGACAUGCCGCCGCCACCGGCCAAGCGCGCGAAGCAGGCCGAGCCCACCAGCGACGUGGAGGAGGAGGAGGAGGAGGAGCGCCGCACCAGCGACGCCGACGAGGAGCUCUCGGGCAGCGACGGCGACAGCGACAGCGACAGCUCUCUGGAGUGCUCGAGCAGCGACGACGGAGAAGACGCGUCGCAGGAGAUGGAGACGGUGCAGGCGGACUUCGCCUUCUUCGACCCCAAGCCCGCCGACUUCCACGGCGUCAGGCUGCUGCUCAAGACCUAUCUCGACUCCAAGCCCUGGGACCUCACCGGCUUCGUCGACCUCGUCCUCGAGCAGACCACCGUCGGCACCGUUGUCAAGAUGGCCGACGACGAGGAUGAGGAUGGGGAAGCAAAUGGGGGCGACAAGAGCGACGACGAUGAGGACCUCUUCGGUCUCAUUACCGUGCUCAAUUUGGGAAGAUACGGGGAGAACUGUUGCAUCAAGGAUCUGAAGGAAUAUCUGCUUGCUGUUUGUGGCGACAAGGACACCAAGAAGAAGCUCAAGUCGCUGCUGGAAGAGAAAGCGUCCACUGUCGGCCUGCUGGUGUGCCGGCGCUUUGUGAAUUUCCCUUAUGAAAUGGUGCCUAAGAUGUACGAUUCGCUGUUUGACGAGGUUUCCUGGGCGACAGAAGAUGAGCCAACACAAGAACUCCAGGACUCCUUCCGAUUCAAGCAGUACCUGUUGCUUGUCAGAAUCUUGGAGAGAAAAACUCCUCCGAAGCAGAAGGCAAAGAACAACAAAGAUGAGGAUGAACCUGUUAUCUACCCGAAAUUGGAGGACGAAAUUUUCCAUGAGCUUAGUUCGUGGUCUUUUACUUUUCCAAUUCGCGCUGAACAGUCAGCUCAGCAAGAGCUGAAGAACUACAAGGAGAUGGGCCUGGUGAUGUGCGUCAAAGCUGACGUGAUCCCGAAGUUCCGCAAGAAGCUGGAGGCUUUGGUGUCAGAAUAGGCGGGUCUAUCUUUGCUCGUAGGAGAAGAAAUCCCAGGUGGGAUUUUGCUGCUGCCCAUCGGCAAGACGCAAUGGCAUUGUGCAUCUGUGGAGGCUGGUUCUGUAGGAAGGGGUGGUUUUUGAAUUAUUCCAUCUUUUCAUGUAUUCAGUUUUUGCCACAAGAUGGAUGAUAUUCAUGGAGGGUUUCUUUGGUUGCCUGAAAACAUGCAUGGGGUGACAUUUCUGAUUCAACUGAAAUUUGCACUCCAUGAAAAUGCUAGUGCUUGGCACUUGUAUUAUACAGUACUAUGUGUUACUGAA